AUGCCGUUUAUGAUAGGUAAAUCUCCAAUCAGGAGAACACUUAAAUAUUUAGAAAAAGGAAAAAUUUUCUUUAGAGAAAAUGUUAAAAUAUUUGCAAUAAAUUACAAUUCAUUAGAAAAACAUCAUAAAGGUGCUAGGGAAUUUGUUUUUUGGCAUUUACCUCAAAUCCAGUAUAAAAACCGAAAUGUUCAAUGUAUUUGCUUUAAAAAUCUAACUCCAUCACCUUUUAUUCAAGUUUAUUUUGAAAAUGGAGACAAUACAUUAAUUGAUAUUGAUAGUAGGAAAAGGGAAGAAAUCUUGGAUCAUUUAUCAAAUUGUACAUUUCUGUGUAAAACAAGGGAUGAAGUAGAAGAAACAGAUUUCACUGAAAAGUUACAAACUAUUAAUUUUGGAUACAAUUGUAAAAAACAUUGUAUAUGUGAAGUUAUGGGUCAAGUGCCUUGCACUUCUUUAGUUGCAGUACCUAAAAUUUGGAGAGGAAUUUUAAAGCCAGACUUACCAUACAAUGUCCCUCCGCAUUAUAUGAAAUAA